AUGCGUGUGUUCUUAGAACACCCAACGAUUGAUUUUAGUCUCAACAACGAGGCACAGCAAGCUGUUCUUCAACGUGCAAGAAUGGAGGCACGUGUUCGAGUCCUGGAGUGUGUACGUGUGUUUCCGGGUGGACUGGUUCCGAGUGUACCAUUCUUUUCAAUGUCUUAUGCAGCCAUUUUGUUGUCAAGUGUGCAUACUGAGUUUAGUAGUACCCAGCAAAUGGUAACUACUCGGAGUCCCAAAGCUGUUGCCAUGGAAAUGCUGAAUGUGAUCGUGAUUGUCAAAGUAAUGGCGGCCAAUGUGUGGCACCUUUCAAUUGGAAUUUCGAUGAAAAACAGAAUUUUGUCUAGUUGGUGUUUGAGUUUGGAUCCUGUCAUGCGUUCUAAGGGAGCAUGUGAUACAUACGGCUAUUAUGAAUAUUAUACGUUUAUCUGUUUGAUACUCUACUGUGAUUUGACUUGCUCAAAGAUUACUCUGGCCAUGUUUGAUGUAGAGUGUAGCAACUCAUUUGGACAAAACUGUGCAAACGUUUGCACAUGUCACAACGGAGCAUUGUGUGACUCUAAAGAUGGUACAUGCACUUGUACGGCUGGGUGGAAAGGAACCAAUUGUGAUGUGCCAUGCCCAAGUGGAACGUACGGUAUUGGAUGCAUUCCAUGCAGUUGUAAAAAUGGAGGUUCAUGUGAUCGAGUGUCUGGUACAUGUCAGUGUGCACCUGGAUAUUUCGGGAUGUCAUGCGAACAUCAGUGUUUAUCAUGGAAGUAUGGACACGACUGCAGUUACUCGUGUUUCUGCAAUAGAAGCAACUCUUACAACUGCAGCCACAUUACGGGGCAAUGCAACUGCAAGAGUGGGUGGAAGGGUGCAAUAUGUACCAAGCCAUGUCCACCAGAUUCUCACGGCCCUGGCUGUUUGUUUACUUGUAACUGCAAAAAUGGAGGCAUCUGCAAUAGAUUUACAGGCACCUGCAGGGAAGUACGGUCUAGGAUGCAAUCAGACUUGUUUGCACAAAUGGGGGAUUGUGCGAUCCUUCAGAUGGUUCGUGUACUUGCUCUAAUCACUGGGUGGGACAGUGUUGUGAAAUACAUUGUUUGGACAACUGGCAAUAUUGGAAUGGAAUUGAUUGUAUUGAUUGUCCUUACUCUUAGACACCAAUUACAAAGGAUAAAGCAUCGGUAUCAAAAGAAACUGGUCAAUUUGUGUAGCAUGAUUUUGCACAGGUCCCUGUCUCAGGUAAACGUCUGCUCUUUUGCUUGUGCAUUGAGAGUUAACAAGCUUAGUAACUUGGAACAAAUUGCCUUGGAAAUGUUUUGUAGUCUAGGUUUGCAGGGCUGUGUACUGGACUUUUUUUGGAUAAGUGUGGGCCUGAGGUGUAAUCAAUCCAAUGGAGAAUGCAGUUGUACUUCUGGUUGGACAAACUUGGCUUGCUCGGUAAACUGUUCAGCAGGAUCGUAUGGAGCUGACUGUCAGAGUGCAUGUCAAUGCAAGAAUAGUGCACAUUGUGAUCCUGUAGAUGGAUCGUGUAUUUGUGCCAAUGGCUACCAUGGAACAACAUGUGAGAACAAGUGUCCAUAUGGUACAUAUGGUUUCUACUGUAGUCGCACAUGUCAAUGUCAAAAUAGCGCAAUCUGCUCACACAUUGAUGGCUUGUGUGCUUGUGCAGCUGGCUGGCAGGGAAGACAGUGUGAGUUACCUUGCAGCAGUGGUUUCUACGGUAAUUGUCGCCAGCAAUGUGUUUGUCUAAACGGAGCUUCGUGUAAUCGUAUGAAUGGAGUGUGUACUUGUACUGAUGGCUGGCUAGGAGAGAACUGUUCUCAACCUUGCUCGGGUUUUAAUUAUGGCUUAAAUUGCCAGUUGAAUUGUGAUUGUGUGCAAUCGAACGCUGACGGCUGUGGCAACGUGCUUGGAGAUUGUUACUGCAAGGCUGGCUGGAAUGGUGUGUUUCUAGGAGUUCACCAUUAUUGCUUUUCAAGUAGUAAAUGUUCUGACGAAUGUCCAAGUGGUACUUGGGGAUAUGGCUGUAAGGAGCAAUGUUUAUGCCACAACGGUGCUGUGUGCAAUCGUGUAACUGGAGACUGUCAAUGUACUGAAGCUUGUCAAAGAGGUUUCUAUGGCAUUGACUGUAAGGACAAGUGUGACUGUCAGUUUGAUUUCUGCACUCCAUUCAAUGGAAGUUGUAUUUGUCCAAGUGGAUGGACUGGGCUUCGUUGUUAUAAGAAAUGUGAUUCUGGAUUUUAUGGGCAUAACUGUGUGGAGCAAUGUGACUGCAAACGAGGCACUUGUGAUCGCUUUAAUGGAACGUGUGACUGUCCUGCUGGAUGGACAGGAGAUGACUGCAGUCAAAGUUGUCUUGAUGGCACGUUUGGUAAAAACUGCUCCAAUCGGUGCAAUUGUCAGUUCAAAUGUGAUCCGGUAACUGGGAUCUGCAUCUGUCCAGCUGGAUGGACAGGCGUGACAUGUCAUUGGAAGUGUCCAGCUGGCACGUGGGGCAUUCACUGCAAGGAGCUAUGUGCAUGUCUCAAUGGUGCAACUUGUGAUCCUGUGAAUGGAAACUGCAGUUGUACUUCAGGCUGGAUGGGCGUCACAUGCUCACAACCUUGCAGUGCAGGAUUUAUGGUAGUAAUUGUGAACAGAAGUGCAACUGUCAAUUUGUUGAUUGCGAUCGUUACACUGGGAGUUGUGUGUGCCCAAAUGGAUGGACUGGAACUCGAUGUUAUAAAAGUAAAGUGUGAUGCUGGAUAUUAUGGUCGUAACUGUGAGGAGAAAUGUAACUGCAAAUGAGGCAGUUGUGAUCGCUUUAAUGGAACAUGUUACUGUCCUGCUGGAUGGACCGGCGAUGACUGCAGUCAGGGUUGUCCUGAUCAUACUUUUGGUAAAAACUGUGCCAAUGUAUGUAGCUGCCAGUUUACAUGUGAUCCAGUAACUGGUAGCUGCAGCUGUUUAGCAGGAUGGACAGGUGUGACAUGUCAUGACAAGUGUCCGUCUUGUACAUGGGGAGUACACUGUAAUCAGUCCUGUACAUGUCUUCAUGGUGCAGCGUGUGAUCAUGUGAGUGGAGACUGCAGUUGCACUGCAGGUUGGACUGGCAUCACAUGCUCAGAACGAUUUUAUGGCAGCAAUUGUGAACAGCAUUGCAACUGUCAAUUCAAUAAUUGCAAUCGUUACACUGGUAGUUGUGUGUGUCCAAACGGAUGGACUGGAGCUCAGUGUUAUAAGAAGUGUGAUCCAGGAUUUUAUGGUCAUAACUGUGAGUUGAAAUGUGGCUGCAAACGAGGAGCUUGUGAUCGUUUCAAUGGAACUUGUAACUGUCCAGCUGGAUGGUCAGGAGACAGUUGCAAUCGGGAAUGUGCAUCUGGAUUUUAUGGUCCUAACUGCAGACAUAAAUGUGUUUGUAAACGUGGUACUUGUGAUCGCUUCAGUGGAACAUGUAGCUGUCCAGCAGGAUGGAGAGGUUGUCCAGAUGGUAGAUUUGGUAUAGACUGUCAAGGUUCAUGUCAAUGCCAGUUUAGCUGUAAUCCAGUGACAGGCCACUGCUAUUGCUCUGCAGGAUGGACAGGUAAAACAUGUCACACUAAAUGCUCAUCUGACACAUGGGGAUAUAACUGCAGUCAAGCAUGCCAAUGUCAGAAUGGUGCAUCUUGUAAUGACGUGAACGGCAACUGCAACUGCACUUCUGGGUGGAAGGGAAACACUUGCUCAGAAUCGUGCAUUAGUGGCUUUUAUGGCAAAGAUUGCAAACAACAAUGUGACUGUGAAUAUAAUAACUGUAACCCCAGGAAUGGAAGUUGUCAGUGUCCAAAGGGUUGGACUGGACUUCGUUGUGAUCAGAGGUGCAAGUCUGGAUUUUAUGGUCGUAAUUGUGAGCAUCAGUGUCACUGUCAACGUGGAGUUUGCGAUCUCUUUAAUGGCACAUGUGAUUGUGCUGUUGGGUGGACUGGAAGUGAUUGCAGCCAAAACACAAAUGUGUUUGUAAACGUGGUACGUGUGAUCGCUUCAGUGGAACAUGUAGCUGUCCAGCAGGAUGGAGAGGCGGUUAUUGCAGUCAAACUGGCAUACAGUCAUUGUGGUGGCCUCGGUGACUUUUACUUGUUGCUGCAGAUUGUCCAGAUGGGAGUUUUGGUAUAG